UUGAAAAAACCAUCCUUCACUUUCACCGUCAUUUUAACACUUAGAAAAAAAAUCACUACUUACAAAAUAUGGGUGACCGUCACGGACAUGUCCAGAUUCAAACUCACCAAUACCCACACCAAAUUCAAGUGCACCCACACCGUACAACUCAUGAAGCUGGUGGUAUGAUCAAAAGUCUUCUCCCUCAAAGAGGUCCUUCAGCUACACAAGUACUAGCAAUUGUAACUCUUCUUCCUGUUGGUGGGACCCUUUUCUGCCUAGCUGGCAUUACUCUUAUCGGCAGUUUAUUUGGGCUUGCUGUUGCCACCCCUGUUUUUCUCCUCUUUAGCCCAGUUCUUGUACCUGCUAUUCUCACUGUUGGCCUUGCUGUUGCUGGUUUCUUGAUUUCUGGUGCUUUUGGUGUUACUGGCCUCUCAUCUCUCUCUUGGAUUCUCAAUUACUUUAGGCAAGGUAAGUCUGUGCCCGAGAAUUUGGAUGCGGUGAAGAGACGCAUGCAAGAUGCUGCAGUGCAACUAGGACAGAAGACUAAGGAUGUGGGACAAAAUAUUCAGAACAAAGCACAUGAAGGGAAAGAAGGCGCCAGGACUACUUAGCUUGAUCUUACUAAUUACGACUAUAUGUUAUGUUGAAAUAAAAAUGUUGAUGAACAUGCAGUUUUUGGGCAUGUUCUCUUGAGCUUUCUACUA